UAUUAUUCUUCAGCACAAAAACAAUGGUGUCUCUAAGCCCUUUCUUCUUUCCAGUAUUUCUCUUCCUGCUGUCAGCUUCCAUGGCAGCUUCAGCUUCAAUCCAAGAACAAUUCACCCAAUGCCUCUCUCUUAACUCUAAGAUGCCAAUUCCAUUCGCCACGGCUUUUUUCACCCCAGACAAUACUUCGUUUACAACAGCCCUUGAAUCCACUGCUCAAAACCUCCGGUACUUGCUCCCUUCAGCGCCAAAGCCUGCGUUCAUCUUCCUGCCGGCGCGUGAAUCCGAAGUUCAAGCGGCGGUAAUUUGUUCCAAGAAGCUCGGAAUACAUCUCAGAGUCCGCAGCGGCGGCCACGACUACGAGGGCCUGUCUUAUGUAUCAGAAAUCGAGUCGCCUUUCUUCAUUGUCGACCUGGCAAAGCUUAGAUCCGUCAACGUUGAUAUAAAAGAUGGUAGCGCGUGGAUUCAAGCUGGUGCCACUAUUGGUGAAGUUUACUAUAGAAUUUCUGAGAAAAGCCAAAUCCAUGGCUUCCCGGCCGGUCUCUGCAGCAGCUUAGGCGUUGGCGGGCACAUUACCGGAGGCGCGUACGGUUCCUUGAUGAGAAAAUAUGGCCUUGGUGCUGACAAUGUCGUCGAUGCUCGGAUUGUUGAUGCUAAUGGCAGGAUUCUUAACCGGAAAGCCAUGGGAGAAGAUCAUUUUUGGGCUAUUAGAGGUGGGGGAGGAGCAAGUUUUGGAAUCAUCCUUUGGUGGAAGAUAAAGCUGGUUCCUGUUCCCCCAACCGUGACAGUUUUCACCGUCACUAAGAAUUUGACCGAAAGCGCAACAAAGAUCCUCUACAAAUGGCAACAAGUUACCGCUAAUCUUGAUGAGAAUCUUUUUAUCAGAGUCAUCAUUCAACCGGCAAACUCUGGUGUUAAAGGUGGAAGAACAGUAACAACUUCUUAUAAUGCUCUGUUUCUUGGCGGUGCUGACAGUCUCCUCCAAGUUAUGCAAAAAAGCUUCCCGGAAUUGGGUUUGACGCAAAAAGAUUGUACGGAAACUAGCUGGAUUAACUCCGUUCUUUACAUUGCCGGAUACCCGAGUGGAACAGCUCCUGAAAUUCUUCUCCAAGGGAAAUCCCUGUUCAAGAACUAUUUCAAAGCAAAAUCGGACUUUGUCAGACAGCCGAUACCGGAGACAGCGCUGGAGGGGCUCUGGAAAAGGCUACUGAAAGAAAACAGCCCGUUGACGAUAUGGACUCCGUACGGGGGAAUGAUGAGCAGGAUUCCAGAGUCUGCGAUUCCAUUUCCUCACAGAAACGGAACGUUGUUCCAAAUCCAGUGGCUAAGCUUGUGGGAAGAUCAGAAGGAGAAUGCAGAGCUGCAUAUGAACUGGAUCAGGAGGCUUUACCGUUACAUGUGUCCUUAUGUUUCGGGGCGUCCGAGGGAAGCGUACGUGAAUUACAGGGAUCUUGAUCUGGGGAGGAACAAGAACAAAAACGCCAGCUCCGUAAAUGCAAGUGUUUGGGGCAGCAAGUACUUCAAGAAUAACUUCGACAGACUGGUGAGAGUGAAGACUGAAGUUGAUCCAGAUAACUUCUUCAGGCAUGAACAGAGCAUCCCACCUCUUCCACACGUGAAGUGACAGUCUUCAUUACAACGCACCUCUCUGUUUCUCUCUCUCUCUCUCUCUCUUUUUUGUUUUUGUUUUUUUGUUUUUUUUUGUGUUUCUCUCUCUCUCUCUCUCUCUCUUCUUUGUUGGAAGACAUAAAUGACAAAGUUUGUAAUGUUUUAUUAGUCUAAACUUUUGUUGAAUUAAUGA